AUGCUGCUCUGUUCCUCUUUGCUCAGAGCUCCAGAGGUCCACUUAGGACUGGCCUAUGCGGAGGAGAUCGAUAUGUGGUCACUUGGUGUGUCUGUGGCUGAGCUGGCUAUGGGAACGACCCCGUAUCCUGGACAUCAUCCCUAUGAUAUGGUUAAGUUCAUUGUGGACACUCAGGGUCUGCCCCCAGACCGCCUCCUCUGGUUGGGACCACAUACCAACCACUGCUUUGAGAGACAGCGCAUCAACGGUCAGGACACCUGGACACUGAAGACUCCUGCAGUGAUUCAAAUGGAGACGGGACACAAAUUCUGCGACAGCAGAAAGGUGGUGUUGACCUGUCUGGAGGACAUCAUGGAGCUGAUGGACACAAACACAACAGAGAAGGAGGGUCGUCAGUUUGUGGACCUUCUUAACUGCAUGAUGUGCCUCGACACAGAACAGCGGAUCAGACCUGCUGCUGUUCUGGAACACCCCUUCCUGGUAGAGGACAGUCGGCAGACAGAUGAACCGCUCGUUUGGGCCAAGGAAACUCUGGACCAGACUGAGGACGUCACCCCCAUCGUGCAGGAGGAGGAAGAAGAACCAGCAGCCAUCCAGCCCGAGGCACAAGCAGAGACCAGGACCACCUGGAGGAGACAUCUGACUCAGGCUGUCAGGAGGAUGUUCUGCCUCUGCUGACACCUGAGUCUGUGUGUGUGUGUGUGUGU